CGUUUAACAUUUUUUAAAUUACUUUAUCAUUAACUGUACCGUUAAGAGCGGCAUCUUUCGGUUUAGUACAAAUAAUAUCUCUGAAGCACUCGGGUUAGACAGGAACAUGAUACUAGCAGUAGUUUCAUUUUACUUUUACAAGCUUCUUAAAACAAUUGUUUAGCUAGCUAACGUGCUCAUUUCUAAAUUCAAUUUCUUGUUCUAGCUUUCUGUUAUGUUUCGUAAAAAAGUAGUCUUGAUUAUCCCGACCUGUCAAUCAGCCCUAGAAUGGUCGAUAGACUGGUUAAGCGAGACUAAUUUCAAAACAAGGGCACGUAACCUAUCUUUUACUCAAGAGUGUCUGGAUGUUAUGGACGACACAUGGAACCAGUUUUCAGUCUAUUAUUUAUAGAUGAUUAAUGGUCAUAGCUUAUUAAGUACAACAUGAUCGUUUAUUUAGUGACUAUAAUUGUGUGAAACUGAUUUGAGGCUUGGCAUAUAUAUAAAUAUUGUGGCGAAAUUGUCGAGAUAUAUGGAGAUAUUUAUUUAUGGUGGGUCACCCUACCAUUGCAGUGGCAAUGUAGUUGGAAUGGACGACACAGCAAUCAUUCAAGCUUCCACUUCUACAUAUGUCCCAUCCACGGUUUCCAGGAAUGGUGAUAUGGUGAUGAUUAUAAUAUGCCUUUAGAUGUUGAAAAUGUUGAGCCUAAAUAGUCAACAAACAAAAUGGCGUCAAAAUCGGAUAAAUUUAUCUGUUAUAGAAGCUAAACUACGGUAAAAUAAAAAAAGUUAUUGACCGAUUCGGCUGAAAUUUCGUGUGAGGUCAUGUCUAGUCCCCGUGGACACCCCCUGAAAAUUUCAAGUCUCUACGAUCACAGGAACUGGUAGAGAUACCCCAAGAUAACCAACAUGCAGGCUUUUCUAAAAGGUGGUUCAUGUGGUUUACAAAAAGCUAAAGAUAAACCAACCACCAGUUCCUCCAAAGAUACCACAGAAAAACGAAAACAUACUCCAUGGGUUGAAAAAUAUCGUCCACGAUGUGUUGAAGAUGUUGCUUUUCAAGAUGAAGUUGUAUUAGUCUUAAAGAAAUCUUUAUCAGGAUCAGAUUUACCUAACUUGCUGUUUUAUGGACCUCCAGGAACAGGAAAAACAUCAACCAUAUUAGCUGCUGCCAGGGAAUUAUAUGGACCCGAACUCUUUAAAUCUAGAAUAUUGGAACUGAAUGCUUCUGAUGAAAGAGGUAUUGAUGUUGUCCGAACCAAAGUUAAAAACUUUUCACAGUUAACUGCUGCAGGAUCAAGAUCAGAUGGGAAACCAUGUCCACCGUUUAAGAUAGUUAUAUUAGAUGAAGCAGAUUCUAUGACUGGUGCGGCACAGGCUGCCUUGAGGAGAACAAUGGAGAAACAGUCACGUACAACUAGAUUUUGUUUAAUAUGCAAUUAUGUUAGUCGCAUUAUAGAACCAAUCACAUCAAGAUGUGCCAAGUUUCGUUUUAAACCUCUUGCUCAGGACGUACUCAGUGAUCGGUUAAAACUUAUCAGUAAGAAAGAAAAUAUUACAUUAAGUGAUGAGGUUAUCCAAGCUUUAAUAGAUACAUCAGAAGGUGAUUUAAGAAAAGCUAUCACCUAUUUACAGAGUGCCUCUUCCUUACACCAAGAUGAAACCCAAAUUACACAAAGUGAUAUCUUUGAAAUAUCAGGGAUUGUACCAACAGAAACUAUUGAUGAUGUUUUAAAAACUUGUCAGUCAGAUUCGUAUGAAAAACUUGAUACGGUUAUAAAGCUAAUGAUAAAUGAAGGUUAUGCUGCUACACAAGUAAUCAAUCAGUUACAUGAUAGAAUAGUUAUAUCAGAAGAAUUAACCGAUACACAGAAGUCAGUUAUCUGUGAAAAAAUAGCAAUAAUUGCCCGUAAAUUUAACAGGAUACGGCGAUGUUUGUUGUGGGCGGGACUUCAACGACAAUUUGACUACCCGUACAAGCGCCAGAAUUACCAUUUAAGUUAUGAAACAAUGCAAUUGAAAGUUAUAAUUAAUAUAAAGUCUUAUGCAGUUUAAAAAAUGUAUAUAUAUAUAAAGCUUGAUACGGCUAAAUAUAGUUGAGUGAUAAGUGCCUGAUGGAUGGAGCAGAUGGAUACCUACAAUUAAUGGCUUUAUUUAGUGUUGUAAUGACACAGAUAUGUCACGGAAAAUAAACACUUUAAAACUGUACUGAUAAUGAUAUUAAACAAAUAUAAACUUGCUUGGAGUAUGAACACAAA